CUCUCUCGAGCACUGGGAGGCGGGGCUGGGCUCAAGUGCCGCGGGCGGGCUCAGUCGGAUUGAGGCAGGGCUGAGCUCUAGUGCCACGGGCGGGCUCAGUCAGAUAGAGGCAGCAGGGGGAAAAUGGCGGCUGCAGGGCCACAGCGGACAUGGAGUGCUGAGCAGCUGCGUAGCGAGGCACUCCCCAAGAAGGAUAUCAUCAAGUUUUUGCAGGACAACGGCUCGGAUUCGUUUCUUGCAGAACAUAAAUUACUUGGAAACAUAAAAAAUGUGGCCAAGACAGCAAACAAGGAUCAUUUAGUCACAGCCUACAACCACCUUUUUGAAAGUAAGCGUUUCAAAGGUACUGAGAGUGUUGCCAAAGUGACAGAGCAAGUGAAAAGUGUGAAGCUUGAUGAAGAGAAAUCCAAAGAAGUCAAACCUGAAGAGACUUUAGAUGAGGGGCCACCAAAAUAUACAAAAUCUAUUCUUAAGAAGGGAGAUAAAACUAACUUUCCCAAAAAAGGAGAUGUUGUUCAUUGCUGGUACACUGGAACUUUACAGGAUGGAACUGUUUUUGAUACUAAUAUUCAAACUAGUGCAAAGAAGAAAAAGAAUGCUAAGCCUCUAAGUUUUAAAGUUGGAGUGGGUAAAGUUAUCAGAGGAUGGGAUGAAGCACUCUUAACAAUGAGUAAAGGAGAAAAGGCUCGCCUGGAGAUUGAGCCUGAAUGGGCUUAUGGCAAGAAAGGACAACCUGAUGCAAAAAUUCCACCAAACGCAAAACUCAAUUUUGAAGUGGAAUUAGUAGACAUCGAUUGAAGUUUUUAGUACUUAAGGAGCUACGUCUACCUGUGGCCUUGUCUAUACUUGAAGAACUGACCUUAUUUCCAAGAAUAUGUCCCUCAAGUUGGAUUUGGAUGUAUUUUUGAAAAGGCUAUGUAAAAGGUUGAUUGGGGUUCAGUUUUCUAUUAUUUAAUAGUCAUAUUGUAAAUAGAAAAUCCUGAAUACAAACAAAUACAUUAACAAUUGUGGAUGGCUCAUUGAAUUUAAUGGGGCUAUAUAGCUAUAUAUAUGCCUAUAGGCUAUAUAUAUGCCUAAGAUUCUCUCAAGUGUCUUAAAUUUUUAGAUUUUACUUAACUAGAAAUUCAAUAGUUGCUCUCAUUUGACUUAAAACCUAAUAAAAUGUUAAUUUUGUCAGAA